GAGGCUCCGGUCGUUUCGUCAUGGUUUCGUAUACGGAAGUGGGCGUGGUUUGAUUGGAGCGAGUUGUAGAAUCUCCGCCGCUGAAGCAGCUGGAGCCACGUGCGUCCGUCAACAUGGAAGCGUCGCGUGCAGCGGACAUGAAGACGCAGAGAUCAGGGAACCUGAAGAAGCCCCUCAGCACAGCAGAGAGGUUCCCCUGCACCUCCCCAACCAUUAACACAGAGCAACACUGUGAGCUGCUGGGCUUCCUCCCUCCAGACUAUCAGUACCACGUGUGCAGGUACCGAGCCGUGAGCCAAUCAGCUGCUGACGACAGGAGCUUCGAGGCCACGGUGAGAAUGUCUCUGAGUUCGAAGGAGCAGAUCGUCUCCUGGCUCCGGUCCAUGAAGGUCACAUGGAGGGUGGCCCACACCAGACCCACCAGAGGUCAUCGCAUCCUCUUCAAGGCAGAUUACCGGUGUCAGUUCAACUCUCCUCCUCGUGAGAAGCUUCAGACAAACAGAUCGUCUAUAAACACAAACUGUCCUGCGAAGCUCAGAGUGACCCUGGUUCGUACUGAGGGGUCACGAGGUCAACGCAGCAGGAACACUGACCCUCACAUCCCAGCAUACCCCACGCUGGUGGACAUCAGUAACAUCCACAAUCACAACACACACGUGCCUGGGACAGAAGUAACCACGGCAACCGCUCACGCGCCACAAGUCCUCGACAGAACCGUGUUGAACUCGACGCUCAGAGAGUUUUCUGCUGUGGCUCAGAGCAGCGCCGGGUUCCGACGAGCCUCCGCCGCCAUGAUGCAGAGCUUCCACCGGCUGAAGGGGAACCCCGCUGCGCUUCAGGCAGCCAUGCACACGUUCGGACGACACGGCACCGACCACCCCACAUCGCUCCCAGGUCGCUCCUCUGUUUCCCGACCGGAGGUCGAGCUCGGGGGAAGACGCCAACUCGGCGGCGGGAGGCGGAAGAAGAUGGUUCCAACCCCUGACGCAGAAGCAGCGAUGUCGGGUUGUGACAGCUCGUAAACAUGACACAGAAAGAAGAAAAAAAAUUAUGCAUAUAUAUAUAUAUAUAUGUAUAUUGUCACUGAUCCUGAGAUGUUAUUACAGUCUUCAUAUUUGACAGUUUCACCACAAACUUUAUUGUAAAUAACUAUAAAUAAAAAGAAAACAUACAUCAGAAACAUGUCAUUAUGUCAUAAAACUGUUUGUUUAUUAAUGUGCUUGUUGUUUUUACAUACAAAUACAUAUGUUGUGUGUUUGAUUCACAGUUA